GUAAGAGACUCAGUGGGAAGCUCAAGAAACGGUAUAAAAAGGGCUCACAGCACAGACAGCUCACAUCAGACAGCUGCUCUUGACUUCUCCUCUUUGGUGCUUUGAGUUCACCUCCCUGCCCGAAGGAUGUCCUACCUCAGCCAGCAGCUCAGCUCCCGCUGCUUCCCCCCCUGCGAGGUGACCUGCCCGCAGCCCUACGCUGACGCCUGCAGCCAGCCCUGUGUCACCUCCUGUGGGGACUCCCGCGCUGUGGUCUACCCCCCACCUGUGGUCAUCACCUUCCCAGGCCCCAUCCUCAGCUCCUGCCCACAGGAGAGCUUUGUGGGCAGCUCAGCCCCACUGGGGCUGGGGCUGGGACAGCCCAGGGCUCUGCAGGGCUCCCUCUCCUAUGGGGGCUUCUCCUCCUCCUCCUCUUCCUCCUUCUCCCAGCAGUCCAGGAGGUAUCCCUACAGGGGCUGCAGGCCCUGCUGAGCACUGCAGCGUGUGGAUGGCUGGAGAAACAGUGGGGACCCAACGACAAGACGUGGCUGUGCAUCUGAGCUGAGGAGCUUCCCCAGGCCCUGGUCACCCACGACUCCAGCUAAUCCUCUGCUGCCUGUGGGUGCUGCUUAGCACCCUACCCAUGGCUUUCUUACAAUCUUUUUCUUUGAUGUUGCUGCUGUGAAAAUGCUUCUUUUCUAUUCUUAGAAAUCUGAAUCUUGACUAAGCAAAACAUGUUCCUCACUGUUAGAGCAA